AGAUUGGGACGUUCGUAGGCCACGCAAUGGCACGAGAUGUUUAAGCGGAGUCGGCGGGCAUGGCAUGAUGGAUAUGUUGCUGAUCACAAUGUUUGGGCGGAGACAUGACGACAAGAUGGAAGGGAGGAGCGAGAUGGGGCUUCGGAUGGAUUGCACGGCUGAGAACGAUCGCCGCCAGCAGGAUCUACCCCUUGACACUAUUCCUGGACUGCAUGCCGCUCCGCCGACCCAGACCGGACAUGGUCGACAAGUCGGUCAGCAGGUAUGAGCAAUCUGUGGUCCGCACACCACCGGCGCAUCCUCAUGCUUCCUCGCAAGGCAUUUCAAUAGUCUCGGGGCUAUGCGAAUGCUGCACGAGGCCGAAGGACCAAGGAAACCGCCUGGAGCAAGCCCCUCAAAAAGUGCUGCCUGAAAAGGAGCCCGCUUUGGCGACGAGCGGAAGAGCAAGUAUGAGCUUAGCUUGCGGCUUUCACUAGUCCAUCCUCCAAUCAUUGACGGCCUCAUGCACGUGGAAGAUCUAAUUCUCGUCAUUCUUCGAUAAAGUCGCUUCGACUUGCAGUCCUGCUAAACAUCCUAGCGUCGAUCCGGGUGCGGGCCGCGCUCGUUUAGGAUCCACCUGCUAUUUCGGGUGAUUCUAUUGAGCCUUCUACCUUCCUAUUAUCCGGAAAGCCUUCUACCACCGUCUGCCUAGACCGUCGCCAUUU